AUCCAAUUUACUAGUUCCCUUUUCUGUCCCUUGGGCAAACCCCCGAAGACCAGAGGCGAACCAUGUCCAGUGUCCAUCAAGGAUAUCAAAAACUGGCAAAAGGUGCGUCUUUUCUUGGUAUCAACGGCGUUCUAGUCCGCGAUUUCAUGCCGUAAUUCUCACAAAGAAAUAGGUUUUCAGAUCUCAGAGUGCCGUCUGCCUUCGAUCCCAGAACAAAGAACGUUUCUUUUCUGUAAACGAUUGAGGUUCGAUCUGGAUAGAAUCAGCUUCUUUUCUUUCUUGUUUUCCCUUCUGUGUUCGCGGAGAAAUAGGCUUCAUACUUCUAAAAAAUGGAUUUUUAGCUAGAAAUGAGGUCACUUUGAGGAGAAGAGAUUUUUUUUCUGGAAUAUUGUGGAAGAAACGUCUUUCGUUGAUCCUUGUUCACCGGAAGGUGGGCUUGUCGGAUAGGAAAAAUGAUACAGCUGUUGUUCCUGGUGCUCUUCGCGGAGGGGGCGGUGGCACUGAUACUGAUAUGGAAGGUUGGGCCGCUCCGGGAGCUGGCGAUGAGGGGGUUGGACCAGCUGAAGACGGGGAAGGGGCCUGCGACGGUGAAGACGCUGGCAUGCACAAUGUCGGUGAUCUUGGCAUCGAGCGUGGCCAGCAUCCUCAAGAUCCAGAACAGGGGCGCCAAGCUUGGAACCGUCACUCCAAUGGAUCAAGUCCUGUGGAGGACCCACCUACUUGAAGCCUCGCUCAUAGGCUACACCCUUUUUCUUGCUUUAGUGAUUGAUCGGUUGCACCACUACCUCAGGAAGCUGGUCAGUUUGAAAACAACAGUUGGUACAUCUCGAGAGGAAGUUGAUAAGCUUAAGAAAGAGCAGCAAAGUUUUAAAGAGAAGGAAAAGACAUCUCUAAGUGAGAGAAAAAAGCUCCAUGAAGAAGUGACACGCUUAAAAGAGAGGCUGCAGAAGUUAAAGUUAGAUUCGGAGGAGCAUGAGAAACGAGCGCAGACUGCCGAAGCCCAUGUUGCCGCCCUCCAAAAACAAUCUGAAGAACUACUACUUGAGUACGACCAUCUGUUGGAGGACAACCAAAUCCUUCAGACUCGGGCUCUAGCAAUCAGAAAUUGAGUCUCAUGUGACCUCAUGCUGAGAAGCUUCUUUUCUUUCUCUUCCACUAACAUGAGCUUUCUGUUAAUCACAUACAACCUGCAUGGAUGUCAUUGUUUGAAAAUCUUGAUUGGUGUCCUCAGUAUCAUCUAUCUUCAUUCUUUCUUUUUUUUUCUUUUCUCUCGAGCAAAGGGAGAUAAGCCGUCUGAUGUAGACUAUAUUGCAGAAUCUACAUUGAUAUCAGCAUCAGUUUCUUGGAGAAA